AUGGGGGACGGCCACCCGAACGUCACCACCGACACCAUCCGCUGCACCGACGGCCUGGUCCUGCCCUGUUGGCAGCCCCUCGACGACGUCGCAUUAGUAGACAAAAUCGGCCGAGGACUUGUUUACUUCUUCUUCAUGGCUUUCCUCUUUAUCGGAGUUUCCAUAGUAUCAGAUCGUUUUAUGGCUGCUAUCGAAGUGAUCACCUCGCAGGAACGGGAGGUAUCUAUUCGGAAACCCAACGGCGAGAAGCACAUCAUCGUGGUGAGACUUUGGAACGAAACCGUAGCUAACUUAACUUUGAUGGCGUUAGGUUCAAGCGCUCCGGAAAUUCUUCUAUCGGUCAUCGAAAUCUACGCGCGUAACUUCACUGCUGGAGAACUGGGACCUGGUACUAUCGUUGGUUCCGCUGCUUAUAAUCUCCUGGUUAUCAUCGCAAUUUGCGUGUCAGUUAUUCCCAAAGGCGAGGUGCGAAGAAUCAAACAUUUAGGAGUAUUUUUUGUCACGGCUACGUGGUCGGUGUUCGCAUACGUCUGGCUCUAUCUCAUCCUGUGCUUUUUCUCACCGGGAGAAGUCGAAAUAUGGGAAGGCUUAGUAACGUUCUCCUUCUUUCCAGCCACAGUAAUCACCGCUUAUGCAGCCGAUCGAAAGAUUCAUAAAUAUAUGAAGAAAGAUUAUCGGAUGAACCGUCGUGGCGUCAUAGUUCAAGCCGAAGGUGCUGACAACUUGGAAAUGGUAAACACCGAGCUCUUAGUCUUAGAUGACGUCCACGAAGAUAUCAAGCAAGAAUAUAUAACAACCUUAAAAGAACUCCGACAACAGCACCCUCAUACCGACAUCGACGUCUUGGAAAAGAUGGCCCACGAAAUUCUUCUAAAUAAAGGACCCAAAUCCAGGGCCUUUUACCGUAUCCAAGCAACUAGAAAAUUAAUGGGUAGCGGAGAUUUAAUGAGAAGGAUCUCUGAACGGGCUCAGAGCGACUUAAGUGAGGUAAAAGCCGAGCUUCAGAGAGAAAGCGGUGUGACCGAGUUCUCACAAAGCGGAGCUAAAGUAUUCUUCGACCCUUCAAAGUAUACCGUGCUGGAAAGCUGCGGUCAUUUCGAGGUCACGGUCGUUAGAACCGGCAACAUCGACAUUCCGGUAGUCGUGGAGUACGGGACCGAGGAUGGUACUGCGCAAGCUGGAAGUGAUUACGUCAAGGCCAAGGGUACGUUGCAUUUCCAGGCGGGCGAAAAGGAGAAGCGCAUUACAUUGGAAGUGAUAGAUGAUGACGUGUUUGAACCUGACGAACAUUUCUACGUUAGACUGUGCUCGGCUCAGCCACCGGGCAGCUUGGGCUCGCCGGUACUUGCUACAGUUAUCAUUCUAGAUGACGACCACGGCGGUCUGUUCAAGUUCGAGUCGCAGAACCACGAGCUGGUGGAGAGUGUGGGAACGUAUGAGUUGAAAGUGGUCCGGUGUUCGGGAGCUAGAGGGCGUGUUAUUUUGCCAUUUCGCACUGAAGAUGGUACUGGCAAGGCGGGAAAAGAAUACGAGGAGCAGGAGGGAGAGAUUAUUUUUGAAAAUAACGAAUCAGAGAAAGUGAUUUCACUGACCAUAAUAGAAGAGGACAGCUACGAGAAAGAUGUAUUAUUCUACGUCCAACUGGGAGAACCUCAAAUGUCGGGUGAUGAGGAAGCCAGUCUGGCAGCGGAAGCCGAAAAGAAACGACCGGACGAAAGGACGGAAAGAGAAAGAAUUGCGUUAAUGGGCAAGCCAAGGUUAGGAGAGAUAACUAGAGCACAAAUUAGGAUAAAGGAGAGCAAGGAAUUUAAGAAUACCGUAGACAAAUUGGUUCAGAGAGCUAAUGCCUCUUUACUAAUCGGAACAUCUUCGUGGAAAGAACAAUUUAUUGAGGCCGUCACUGUCAGUUCGAGCGAUGAGGAUGACAAAAAGGAACCUUCUAGACUAGACUAUUUUAUGCACUGUUUAACAGUGUUUUGGAAAAUACUGUUUGCAUUUGUUCCACCAACAGGUAUUUUUAAGGGAUAUUUGUGCUUUGUGGUAUCAAUAUUCUGUAUAGGCGUGGUUACAGCAGUGAUAGGAGACGUAGCGUCCCACUUUGGCGCAACACUCGGUAUUAGAGAUGGAGUGACCGCCAUAGUGUUCGUCGCUUUAGGAACUAGUAUACCUGACACAUUUGCCAGUAAAGUAGCCGCUAUCCAUGACAAACACGCAGAUGCAAGUGUGGGCAACGUUACAGGAAGUAACGCUGUCAAUGUCUUCUUGGGAAUUGGUGUAGCAUGGUCCAUAGCUGCCAUCUAUCACGGUAUCCAUGGGAACACCUUUAAAGUUGACCCUGGAAGCUUAGCCUUCUCCGUAACGAUAUUCUGCACAGAAGCCGUGCUCGUCAUCUUCAUCUUGGUGAUGAGAAGAUCCAAGAUCGUAGGCGGCGAAUUGGGAGGACCGCAGUGCCUCAAAUACCUCACGUCAAGCGCAUUUUUCGCCUUGUGGGUCGUGUACCUAGUGAUGUCGACGUUGGAGGCCUACGGUGUGAUCCAAGGCUUUUAAAAGUACAAGGAAAAACGUUCUUAGUCGUUACGUUUGUGUGCUAUAUGAAUUUUUAUCGAGUUCCUUAUUAUAAGUAUGUAGAGAAAUGCACAAGCAUCUAUAUCGGCCAGUGUUUCUGCACAUCUUCAAUACAGGCUUGGAAAAUAUGUAUUUGAAUAUAGUAUUGAAUAUAUUCAAUACUAUAUUCUUACGAUUAAUGUAAAUCGAAGACUUUUAUUUCAAUUGGCGUUUUUAAGGAAAGUUUGUCAUUAUGGGAAACUACUAAUUAGAUUUUUAUUAUACCGCGUGUUUUUCAAAAGUCGCUGAACUCUAUAAGUUUUUUUAUUUAUUUUUUCAUGUAAAAGAUGAGAGUUGGUUUUUUACUACACAUGGUAUAAUAUUAGAAAUCAUCAGAAAUAUCUUCUUUUGGUGGUAGAUCUGGUCAAAAGAAACAUAUUUUCGCUUUGUCAUUUUUAAAUUCUUUCAAAUAAA